UGUGUAUCUUUUGUGCAUAAUUUGAUGUAAUCGUGUGGACUUUGUUCUUGUGCAACUAUAGCAUUAACAGCUGAUGUUUCUGGGGGUUUGCUGAACAUUAAUGUGCCUUUAGAUCAAACGUCUUUCAAAAUGAAUCGCUUAGAAGCAAUUACCGGUCACCUAACCGUGUCAAAACGGUCUGCAACUCCAUGUGUAGUGCCGUGUGAGACGUCUGCAGCUGGAGCGAGUGCUGCUGGAGCAGUCGCCGGGACUUCGUGGGUUCCAGCCCGGGCACCUUUGCAGGACGACGUGGUGGUGGUUUGUGCUAAACGUACUCCAAUUGGUAAAGCAAAACGGGGCUCAUUCAAGGACACUAAAGCUGAUGAGCUCUUGUCUGCAGCAUUCAGGGGAGUCCUCGAUGAAACCAAAAUAUCUCCUGCUGACAUCGGAGACAUCGUUGUGGGAAAUGUUCUUGCUCCAGGGGGAGGGGCUUUCAUGGCCCGGGUCGCACAGCUGCUCAGCGGCAUCCCAGAGACCGUUCCAGUCAACACAGUGAAUCGUCAAUGCUCCUCUGGAUUACAAGCUUUCAUGAAUGUUGCUGGAGGAAUUAAGAACGGAGUCUACGAUAUGGCGAUUGCAGCCGGAGUUGAGUCAAUGUCCAGGAUGCAACAAGGCCAAGAAGGCAACGAUAUCAACCCAAAGGUGUUUGAGCAUGAGAUGGCUAGAGAUUGCCUCAUCCCAAUGGGAAUAACAUCAGAAAAUGUAGCGGAGCGUUACGGAGUUACGCGAGAGCAGCAAGACCAGAUGGGAUAUGAGUCUCAGAUGAAAGCUGCAAGGGCCAAGGCAGAGGGUCUGUUUAAAGAUGAGAUCAUUCCAGUUCAUACAAUCAUUGAAGACAAAGAUGGAAAUGAGAGAGAAAUCACCGUAACUGAAGAUGAUGGGAUCCGUCCCCAGACAACUCUAGCUGGCCUUGCUAAGCUUAGAACCGUCUUCAAGAAAGAUGGAACCACUACUGCAGGAAACUCAAGUCAAGUGAGCGAUGGAGCAGCUGCUGUCUUGGUUGCUAAGCGGUCAGCAGCUGAGAGGGCGGGGCUACCGGUCCUUGGUUGGCUCGUUUCAUUUGCAGUCGUAGGGGUGCCUCCAGCAGUGAUGGGUAUCGGACCAGCAUACGCAAUUCCCGAGGCCUUGAAGAAAGCUGGGUUGACCGUUGAUGAUAUUGAAGUGUUUGAGAUAAACGAAGCUUUUGCUAGUCAGGCAACCUACUGUGUACAGAAGCUUGGUAUACCCAUGGAGAAGGUGAACCCCCUGGGUGGGGCAAUAGCUCUGGGGCACCCUUUGGGGUGUACCGGGGCUCGACAGAUUGCAACACUACUCCAUGAGCUCAAACGACGAGGCAAGAGAUCGUAUGGUGUUGUAUCCAUGUGUAUUGGAACUGGUAUGGGAGCAGCGGCUGUAUUCUACCACCCAGGACCACAGUAAAAAAACACUUACAGGG